AUGGUGAAAGCAUUUAUAGAGGCAUCAGGCGAUAAUGUAGAAACCUCUCCUUCACUAUACGUCUUUUUCGAUCGUGACCGAUACCUGUUUGAAUGCGGUGAAGGUACACAGAGAUAUGUGACACAACGUAACAGCUUUAGUUUGGCUAAACUCAAUGCUAUAUUCCUCUCGUCGCUUUCAUGGGACUCUGUAGGAGGUGUCAUGGGCUCUCUGCUCACUAUGAGCGAUAUUGGGACCAAUGAGGUGGUCAUUUAUGCACCGGUCGGAUUCUCGGCCAUCUUACAAGCCGCCAAACCUUUCCUCAAGAGAUCGUUGAUUGUUCAUGUCAAGGAAGUAGUCUCUUCACAUCAAUUUCAAGAUGAAUCAUUACGUGUUCAAAUCUUACCAAUUUCAAAUAAACCCAAUACUGAACAACAACAACAACAACAACCAUCAGUUAAUCAUAUUACAAUUGGUGGUAAUUCUCAAUCAUCCUCUUCUUCUAAUAAUAAUAAUAAUAAGACACCACAAUCAGAUGAUGAAAAUGAAUCAUCAUCAUCAUCAUUUGAUCCAAUCAAUGCAGAAUGUACAACAAGACAAGGGUCACCUCAAUCAACCAUUCUCUCAACUACAACAACAUCAAACCUUCAAGAAGAUAGAGAAGACCAAACAAGAGAAACAAAGAGAAAGAAAACUGAAGAAUCACCAGAGCAAUCACUUAGAUUUACAGUUGACCAAGAUACAUCAUCAUCACCAGAACAACACAAGUCAUUAGAUUCACCAAGAAAAUCAAUUGAUUCAGAUGUUGUACAUUGUUAUAUCGUUCGUAGUAAUGAAUUUGCAGGAACUUUUCUUCCAGACAAAGCAAAGGAACUUGGAAUUCGUCCAGGUCCACUUUUUAAAAGAUUGGUAGCUGGUGAAUCACUUACCAAUCAAGAUGGUAUAUUAGUUCAUCCUCAUCAAGUUAUGGAACCUGCUUCUCCUUCUUCUAAUAUUGGAAUUAUUAGAUGUCCAACAAUUGAAUAUAUUCAAGGAGUAAUUGGAUGUAAGGAGUUUUCAGAGUAUUUUAGAAAAGAUGAUCCUACCAAUGCUAAAAAGAUAUUGACAGUAUUUCAUAUUGCACCCAAGGUGGUAUUGAAUCAUCCCGAUUAUUUGACAUUUAUAGAACGAUUUGGAGAUGAAACCAAACACAUUAUUAUGAAUCAAGAGAGUUGUCAAUACUUUCCAUCAUUCCAACGUUCUGAGCAAUUUGUCACUCAACUAUCACUCUUGACAUCAUCCCUCUUCCCAUCUGGUGUCAAACCACGUCAAGUUUCUCCCAUUCUAACACCACAAAAUGAAGCUCGUAUUUCUCCAUCACUCGCCAAAAAUAUGUUACCAAUCAAUAAGAUCACUCGUGUAACUUUGGGUCCACCAAAACAAGCUGGUGAAAUUGAAUUUCUUUCUUUAUCUGAUUGUAUAAAUGAUGGUUUAAUUACUACUCCUGAUAAUACUAAUCAACAAAAUAAUCAACAACAACAAAAUAUUUCUGAACAAUCUAAUAAUCAAACUGAAGAUUCAGAAAUGAAUUAUAAAGUAGCAAAACAAGUAGUUGAAAAAUGUGUUUUAUCAAAUUCAAAAUUUUCAAGUCAAAUGGAAGAGAUCAAAUCGAUGGAAGCCAAGUUGGAGAGUAUGGAGAAAUUGGAUUCAGAGAUGUAUCCAAGAAUAUUGUUUACUGGGACGGGAUCUGCUAUCCCAUCAUUGUUGCGUAAUGUAACUGGUCAUCAUGUGUUGAUGGAGACUGGUGCUGGUAUGUUGUUGGAUGCUGGUGAGGGGACGUUUGGACAAAUGUCUCGUUUCUACGGUCCCGACAAGAUCGACUAUGUGUUGGCCGGUCUACGUGUCAUUUGGAUCUCCCAUUUACACGCCGAUCAUCAUUUGGGUACACCAGGCAUUCUCCAGAAACGUUUAGAGUUGGAAAAACGUGAUAAUAUCAAGUUGCCACCCGUCAUUGUCAUUGCACCACAGUCGAUUAUCACAUGGCUCAACAAGACGGACAAGGUACGUCCGUUGGGUCAUAUAGGCAUUUCGAUCGAUCGUAUGGCCAAUGAAAUCAAGACACUCAAGCCUGCUUUAAUCGAUCUGGGUAUUGUCGAGAUUAUCAAUGUGCCUGUGAUCCAUUGUUACAAGGCGUUUGGUAUUGUCGUCACACUCAAGAAUGGCUUCAAGUUUACUUAUUCAGGCGAUACCCGUCCAUGUCCGUUGUUGGCUUCAGAGGGUAAAUCGUCAGACGUACUCUUGCACGAAGCAACCAUGUCGGAUGACUUGUGGGAAGAGGCCAUCAAGAAACGUCACAGCACCGUUGGUGAAGCACUCAAGGUUGGAAAAGACAUGGGUGCCAAGUUUACCAUCCUCACUCAUUUCAGUCAACGUUAUCCCAAGAUGCCUCAACUCGAACAAAAUCAACGCGCGCGAUUCGGACUUGCCUUUGAUCUCUUACAAGUCGCUCCCUUCCAAUACCCACUUCUCGAAAGCUUGAUCCAGCCUGCCAACACUCUAGCCGAAUUCGAAAGACUCAAAGAUAUCCAAGAACGUAAUGAUACAGUCUCUACUUCUGUCAUUCCUAAAAAGGUAGGAGCUAAACAAAAGCAACAACAACAACAACAACAAAAACAACAAAAAAGAAAACAAAUUGAUAAUGAUGAUAAAGAAAAUGAAAAAGAAAAGGAAAAGGAAAAUUAA